AUGUCUGCCUUGCGUCUGCUCUCCUCUGCCGCCCGACGUGCCCCAUCAACGCUCGCACAGCAGCGACGAGGAUACGCUGAAGUAGCUGACAAAAUUAGCCUUUCCUUGGUCCUUCCUCACCAGGCUAUCUUCACCUCUACAGAUGUUGUCCAGGUGAACCUUGCUGCUGCAACCGGUGACAUGGGUAUUCUGGCAAACCACGUUCCCUCCAUCGAGGCUCUGCGUCCUGGUAUGAUCGAAGUCAUCGAGUCGGGAAACGCUUCUAAGAAGUGGUUUGCGUCCGGUGGUUUCGCAACUGUACACCCCGGUAACAAACUCACCAUUAACGUCGUUGAGGCUGCGCCACUGGAGUUAUUCUCCUCCGAAGCUGUUCGUGCAAACCUACAGGAGGCAUUGAAGGUCGCUACAGGGAACGGAUCCGAGGAGGACAAAAUGGAAGCACGGAUAGAGGCUGAUGUGUAUGAAGCCCUGCAACAUGCUUUGGGGUCGAAGUAA